AGAAUGAUAGGUUAGGAAAUAUAACAACAAUAAUAUAAACAAAUAAAAGUUUUACUAUAAACUUAUAAAAAUAUAAAUAAAUCGAUUAAAUAUGAAGAAAUGCAGUAUUUGUGAAAAUGCAGAUGGAAUAUAUAAGUGUCCUGUAUGCUUAGUUUAUUAUUGUUCUGUUGCUUGUUGUAAAAAACACAGGGAGCUAAAGUGUGACAUUGCAAAGCCAGUUGAAAAUACUGAAACUGCUAUAAAAGAUGAAGCCACUGCCCAAAAACUGAUAACUAGUGACACUGUACCCGUAGAAAAGCUCAAAUUGCUACGCGAGAGCAGCGAACUAAAAAAUGUUCUUGCAAAUCCACAUUUGAGAAAUUUACUGAAAGCAGUGGACUCAUGUUCUGAUCCUGAUAAAGUUAUGCAAAAAGUAAUGCUUGAACCGAUUUUUGUGGAGUUUGCUGACGAGUGCUUGAAAAUUAUUGAACCAGAGAGUAACAGGGAAAAUACUUAUUAAUUAUUCUAAUUAUUUUCUUAUUUGUCAUAGUGUGAAAUGGUAUUAAAAGUGCUCAAAUAAAACAGUUAAUUAUAA